AUGGGUAAAGUCUCAAAGGCUACAAAGAAGUUUCAGUCGAAGCAUUUGAAGCGGACGCUGGACCAUCGUAGAGAGCAGAAGGAACACAGGAAAAGAAGCCAAGGGCGUCGUGGCAAUAAAUCAGAACAGGAGAAACAGAAUGCUGCUUUGACGAAAGAUGAGCAGAAGCUGAAAAAAUCUGCAAAAGAGGAAGUUUUCAAAGAUAUGUCAGUGGAAAAACUGUUCGAAAAUGGGUUCGAAGUUCCAAAAGGCGCCAAGAAGGGCAAGAGGAAGCAGAAUGAGUCAGAUCAAGACGAUUCUUCAUCUGAGGAAGAAGAUAUGGCACAAAACAUGGCCGAGCUUUCGGAAAAGGACCCUGAAUUCUACCAGUAUCUGAAAGAGAAUGAUAAAGAAUUGCUUGAUUUCAAGGCUACGAAUCCGCUAGACGGCAUCGAUGACAGUGAAAGCGAAGAAGAGGACGACAAGGAUACAAAAGAGGCGGAUGAAGACACUCAGGGUGCUGGAGAAACGGAAAAAAUCGAGCUUACUUUGAAGUUGGUCAGGCAGUGGAAAAAACAACUGCAAGGCAAUGCCAAUCUGAAGCUUAUCAGGAACAUCGUGACUGCGUUUAAAGUGGUGGUGAACUUAAACAAGGAAGAUAGCGUUGAAGAAUACAAAUACACUGCAACGGAUGAAAAAGCGAUCCACGAACUGUUAUUCGUUGCCCUGAAGGACCUGCCAACAGCGAUUCAAAAAUUGGUUCCUUACAAAGUGGUGAAAGGCUCCAGAACGUUGCCAACUGGUUCCAAUGUUUCCAAAUUGUCUUCGAUUAUGAAAUCCCACGCAAGUGCCUUGCUUGUUGUUUUGGAUGAUAUCACCAACACUGAGACUGCCGCGCUCAUUUUGCAUUCUGUUGAUCAGCUACUACCCUAUUUCCUUUCCCACAGAAAGCUUUUGAAAGAGAUCGUCAAGAGUAUCGUUGGAGUAUGGUCCACUACCAGGGAUUUAGAGACACAAAUAGCAGCGUUUGCUUUCUUACACAAUGCAUCGAAGGAAUUCAAGAAGUCUACGCUGGAACUUGUGCUAAAAACGACUUACUCCACUUUCAUCAAGAGCUGUCGUCAGACAAAUAUGCGUACCAUGCCUUUGAUAAAUUUCCAAAAGAACUCAGCCGCGGAAUUAUUCAGCAUCGACGAAACUUUGGGUUACCAGGUUGGUUUCGAAUACAUCAGACAGUUAGCUAUUCAUCUGAGGAAUUCAAUGAAUGCUACCACGAAAAAGACCGCGAAAUCCAAUCCUGCAGAGGCGUACAAGAUCGUCUACAACAGGCAAUAUUGUCAUUCCCUAGACUUUUGGUCUCGUGUGCUUUCCUUGUCCUGCAAUCCAGAGAAAGAGAGAAACAACGUAUCCCAGUUGAGACAACUGAUCUAUCCAUUAGUCCAAGUGACGUUGGGUACCAUUAGACUGAUUCCAACACCGCAGUUUUUCCCCUUGAGGUUCUAUUUAAUCAGAUCGCUGAUCAGAUUGUCGCAAAAUACUGGCGUCUUCAUUCCUAUAUUCCCACUGCUAUCUGAAAUACUAGUAUCAUCUGCAUUCACCAAAGUACCAAAAAAGAAAGAGAACCUGGAGGCCUUUGACUUUGACCACAACAUUAAGUGUACCAAAGCCUAUCUUGGAACCCGAGUCUAUCACGAAGGCCUGGCCGAGCAAUUCGUCGAUUUGGUGGGAGAGUACUUCGUUCUUUACUGCAAGAACGUCGCUUUCCCUGAGCUUGCCAGUCCUGCUAUAAUUUCUCUACGUCGGUAUAUCAAGAGCUCAAAGAAUGUCAGAUAUAACAAGCAACUGUCCAACAUUGUCGAGAAGCUUGAUCAGAACAGCUCAUUCAUUCAAAAGGCUAGGGCCAACGUCGAGUUCAGUCCAACUCUCAGAACUGAAGUGAACAGGUUCUUGAACGACACGCCAUGGGAGAAAACACCUUUAGGGUCUUACGUUACUGUUCAACGUGAAAUCAAGGAGGAGAAAGCCAGAAUACUCAGAGAGAGCAUGGAGGAAGAAGACAAGGAAAAGGAGAUUUCCUUGAAUGCCGAGAAAGAUAUCGAGAUGUCUGACUGA